AUGAACUCUGAUAAUUUUGACAAUUUUUCUAAAAUGUUUACUCAACAAACAAACAACUUUAUAAAAAAGGUGAAAACUUAUGGUGAAUUUAGUGAGAUUAUAGAAGAAUAUCACGUGAGAAAGGAUGAAAUCGUGUUGAACGAGGAGAUCAUUGUGGAAGAAGAGGAAGUUAUAGAAAUAUCUGGUGUUAGCUUUCAAGAAGGAUGUUAUGAUCUUGGAAUGAAAUUUAUUGAAGUUGAUUAUGGCGUAUCUGAAGAAAAUGCGCAGAAUCAACGCGAAAACUUUUCAAGUGAUGGUCAUGAAAAACUUGUGAAAGAAACUUGGAAAUUGGACUCACGAAAAGAUAGAGAACACAAACAAUUGAAAAGUCAAAUUCAAGAGUUGAACGAUCAACUCGGCAUGCAAGGCAAGGAUGGAUUAUUGGUUUAA